UAGCAACUGUCUGUCACCAGCCUUCAAGAGAUGAGGCAGAACAUUCCAUGUCUCGGGGAUUUGGAGGCAGAACUGGGAGGGAGAUUAAGGAGGACAAGAAAAAGAAGCAGUUUCCAGACUUGUUGAGAAUUUGGUGAUGUGUGAUGAACCCUAUGAAUCUACAACAAAGAUUGCCAAGCUGUUUGUGGCUAGGCUUGUCAACUCUCUCUCUUUUAUCAGUCUCUGCUCCUGUGAGUUUAGCAGCAACAGCUUGAUCUGCUUUUGCCAGGAACUCUGGGACCCCCAAAGAUCAUGCAGAUCUCAUUGUCUGCUGCAGUGAUCUUCGUAGCGUUGUCUGUCGUGACAGCCGCUGCUGAGGUUCCAGUUCCAAUGACGGAGCCUACCUUAUCUCAAAAGUUCGAGGAGUUCCAACAUGAAGUCCAGUCUUUUGUUGACAACAUUGGAGAGAAGACCAAAGAGGCUUUCCGUGACCUCCACCACAGUGAAUUAAGCACCAAGACCAGAAACUGGUUCACCGAGAAUUUCCAGAAGCUGAAGGACAAAUUCAAGGCAACGUUUUCCAAUGAGGGAUCUGACUGAAUCCACUCUCCUGUGGGGAAGAUGCAUGACCCCCACUUCCCCACACGCUUCUCUGACUGGAAGGAAGAUUUUUAUAUGACACCCCUACCCCACCCCAGAAGCAAUAGAAGAGCUUCUGGCUGUCCAGGGGCAGGACCUGAAAAAUCUGGAUGGGGGGGCUACAUGGCAGCACCUGUCAGCUGCUCCUGCAUUUUUUACAUUUUUGUUAUGUUUUUAUUGGAAUCAUUUAUUAGUCUCAAAUAAAAAGAAAAUUCCUCUCUA